GAUUAAAAACCAAAGCUCUUUCUAAUUGAUUUGCAUCCUGGAAUUUGAUCCGGUCUAUCGUUCCCAUCUGUAUGUGGGAUGGGGCAGUAAGGUCGGGCUCUCAUUCGGCUGAAGGGGCUGGUUAUCAUGAAUCAUGCUAAGGAAGUCCUCUUUGCUAUUGGGAUGCAAUUCCAACCGGUUGAGGAUCCCAUGGUAGUCGAAUUACUUGUUCUCCGGGAGGCUAUUGUAUGGUGCUUGGACCAUGGUUUCACAGUGAUGAGAUUUGAAGGGGAUGCCAAGGUAGUCAUUGAGAAGAUUGCUCGGGGAGACACCAGUGAUAAUCGGGUCGGAGCUGUUCUCGAGGAGAUUCUGCAGUACUUUGUUGUUCAUAGUGGGUUUAAUAUUCGAUUUGUAGGUCGGAGGAACAAUAAAGUAGCUCAUUUGGUGGCCCACAAAGUCCUUUCUUUAUACCAGACUAUCAGUCUUUUUUAGUUAUCAGACCUGGCUGAAACGUACUAUUAGGGGUGGCUAUACGGUCCGGUCCGGUUAAAUUGGACCAAAUUGAUCUGGUACCAGUCCGGUAUUUUCGGGAAUAUAAGGAUCAAAGAUUGGAUUGGAUACAGUCCUGCCUUUAUCCGGUCCGGUCCUAAUUUGAUAUUGAUUUUAGGUGUUGGGGGUCUCUUAUCCGGUUUUUAUCCGGGAUUUUACCUCAAAUCUAAGCCCGAAUAUGAUAUUGGAUUGUUUGUUAUCCGAUCCCGAUCCGCAUUAUACGGUCCGGUUUCGGAUAAAACCAAAUAAUCCGGACCAAAUAGCCAGCCCUACGUACUAAACCGUUGGACAACCCUAAUUGGGGUCACACACUGAGUAGUUUUGUCACUUACCUCCUUGUCGUGAAAAAAGGACACAUUAUUUUAAGUGGUAUUGUUCUUCCGCGUUGCAUUAAUGUCCAUGUUUUCAUGCAGGUAAAGAAUCCCAGUUAAUUACCCCAUCACGUUAAAAUAUAAUUAAAAAAUUUGUUCGGGUUUGAAGCUUAGAUUUCUAAAUAGAUUUUGUGGUAAUCGAGAGAUUCGAGUAUUGAUGAGAUUCUCGGAGAGAUAGUAUGCAUAACCUUAUUAUGAAUAACGCUAAGAAUUUGUUGGAAAAUAAGAUUUGAAUCAUGGAUUUAUUGAAUUUAUUGAUUUAGCAAAUUGUUAUAUUUUUUUAAAUCUUUUUAAUCAUGAAUUGUAGUUUCAGAUAUUUUAAAUCUUUAAAAUUUAGAGAAAUUCUAUGUCUUGAUCUUAGAAAUGUUUUAUUCCCUAUUCUAUCUCUUUUUUUUUUUUCAUUUAUCCCACUGAAUACCAUUACUAAUAAAUUCUCAAUAUUUUUCAGCCCAAUCUAAUUAUUUGGUUAAGAAUAAACAUGUCAUUUGAUAUAAAAAUAGAAUUUAUUUUUUCAUUGGAUGUCAACAAUCGCAGUUACCAAACAAUGAACAUUUUCAAAUCUUUUCUCAACAAUCCAUAGAGUUAAAAUCUUUGGAUUGUCUAGAAUCUAGAGAUUUGGACUCCAAUUCUCCAAACGACCCCUAAAUUUAUUAUUUACUGAAGGUUAUUAACUUUUUCAAUAUAUUUCAUAGAUUAUAUCUCUUUUGUUUUAAAUCGUAGUUUUUCUUUUGCUCUUCAAAAUGACUUUCACUUUGAUAUAUUUUAAAACAAAAAAUUUAAAAAUUUAUUAUUUGUCUUUACAAUGUGGUAAUGUUCGGUAGUUCAUAAGAUUAUAUGAAAGUGUAUCAUGGUGGUAUGAACAUAUCAUAAUGCAUAAUGAUUGCAUACAUAUAUUAGGAAUAUACUAACUGUCAUUUACCACAUUUCAUCACCGUAUAUCACCAAGCCAGUUAUCACCAAAUACCAUAGUGGUAUAGUUUUCUCCAAUGUGAUGUGGAUUGUAGGGCAGCAAACCCUUAGAUUUCUGACUUCACUAUUGUCUGGAAAAUUAGAAAAAUCUCCAAUUCCAUCACCAGAAAGAAAAUGAGAGAUGAAUCCACCGGUGAGAUGCUACCAGGAAACUCCCCCUCUGUUUUGUUCUAGUAGUGUGCCACAUAAUUCCCAACACUCUGAUGCAUUGUUUGCAGCUCUGGUUGGGGUCUAAAGAAACAGUUGAGGGACAAGAGUACUGACACAACUUCUGAUUUUGUGUUGUUUUUGUUUUGUUAAUGUCAGUCAGGCGACUAGGUCAAUAGAAAACUAAGAAUGAAGGAUAGCUGAUGAAACUUUUCUUAUGGGUUCGAACCAGUUAAUAAUUUUCCUACCCUUUCCCCCCCUGAAUUUUGGAUGGUGGUGGACUGGUGGUGGGCGAGCGUGUGGAAUACUGGGACUUCAAUAGUGGAAGAAAGGGUUCACAAUAAGGUUGUGGAAAAAUCAGGGGCACUCCACUCCCAGCAGGUCCUCCUGUUGAUGGAUUCAAAGCCAAGGUUGAAACGACAACCUCAUCAGUAGGGAUGUGUGGGAAAAAAUAUCCACAAAUUUACAUAUCCUCCCGAAUCCGGUCUAAUUGGAUAGUGUAAAUCUGGAUAUCCGAAACCCUAUCGGUUAUAGGUGGAACUUUAGUUUUUUAGCCGAUUCUUGAAGGAUAUGAGUAUGGAUAAAAUCCAAACUAUUUUGGGUAGGGUAUUUGAUACGUACUAUUCGUCCUCGACCAGACCCGUUGUCAUCCCUGCUCAUGAGGCACAACAAGAGGGUUUCUUUAAACCUCGCCAUAUACGUUAGAGACAAUGUGAUUUGAUGUAUAUAUGAUAGAUUCGUAUAAUUGAUGAUUCUGAAUCGUGCAUAUAUCUUUUGCUUCUUUGUUUUGUCGUUACGAGGAGAGAUCCGUCACAGACGAUUAACCUCUACCCUCAUGAAUCAUGAGCACCCCGAAAAGCUCAUGAUAUCCAUUUUAAAAGGGCACAAUAUUCCGUAAUGAAAAGGUUGUUGCGACUGCCAAGGCUGGAACCUAUUACCUCCUGAAUCCAUACCCGCUACUUUAAUUUAUCAAUCCCACCAUCCGUAUUGAUCCUCAUAUAUUUUUUGGAGUAUAUAUAUGGUAUACUCACAUAAUUGGCCAUUCAAGUUGACACUUAUAUCGUUUUCUUUUUUCCCUUUAUUGUAAGAGGAGAGAUCUGUCACGGAUGGUAAACCUCUAUUCAACACCUGAUAAGUUCAUGAUACCUAUUCUAUAAAGGGCAUGACCGGCAAGGCUCGAACCCUGAGUGUCAUCAAUCCAGACCUUUAAUUUUAAUUUAUCAAUUCCAGCACCUCGUAGUGACUCUAAUAUUAUCUUUGUCCGUCCGAAAACUUUUUUUUAAUACCAGAUUAUGGAAAUUGAACCCGUGAAAAUAUCAUAAAAUAUCACACAUGUUGCCUUAUUCCAUUUGAUCCAUGAUAGGGUUUUUUUUUUCUUUCGUUUACGGGAUGUGUGAAACUAGAUAAGGGAGAUGGGCGCACGAUUUGGCGGGAUUUAAUUAAAUCAUUCAAUAGAUAGGAAGUCUACUACUCUUCAUUGGAUUUUGUUCUAUGUGUUUGUUCUUGUUGUCUCCAAAUUCCAUUACAAAAAGGGGAAAAAUAAUAAAUGGAGGGAGGACUUUUCCGGAAGAUUUGAAUUGAAUAAAAAAGAGAGACAUGAAAGCGUAGUAACUAGGUAAAGGGUUUUGAAACGAAAGCGAAGAAAAUUGGAAGAAGGCGGUCAAAGGAAGUAGGCCUCUCUUCUCUUCCCAUCUUAUUAAAGGCUUUCCCUCGUAUUUCAGUUGUUUUGCACGGGUGGAGACAGCUGGCCGGAGAAUCGCCCCAGGGAGGCUGGGUCGUUUCACGUCAGGAUCGCGUCACCGGCGGCGGAUGGAGUGGAGGAUUCAACAGUUUCACACCUACUAAUUACUUACUAUGCUUUGUGGUGGUGGUUAGAUCUUGGCGUGUGACGUGAAAAAUCCAAUCUUUCUGUUCUCACACAUAAAUGAACUUUGGUAAGCUAGACUAUCACUUUGUUAGUCAGCUGGUCUGCCAAUAUAAUUUCGGUGUUCGUCGUGUGUUUUCGCGGCAGACUGGUUUGUUGACGCCCCCGAUCAAGGCCCUCUCUAUGGAUACCUUCCGGUUGUUUCCGUCGAAAGAUUGUAGUUGUCUCCCAUUCAGGGGCGGAGGGAGAGGGUUAUAGGGUGGGUACCGGAACCCACCCUGAAUCGAGUUAAUUUAUAUGAUGUAUGAUUUAUAAGUUGUUCAUUGUCGUAUUCAAUAUUUUUAUAACGAGCUAUAUACAAAUGGCAAUGGUGCAUAUGAUCCGCCCAAAAUUAAAGAUAUAUUUAUUUAAUAUCUACAACAAAAUUUCACCAAAUCAUAUGUAGCUAAUUUGUAAAAAAAAAAAUAAUUUGCAAUCGGGGUAGGGAGAAUGUAACGGGUGGGUCCUAAGGACGAAAUUAGUAAAUUAGUAUACUUGAGAAUAAAAUGUAGGGCACUUCUAAUUGAGAAUAGUUGAUUGAGAGUUCAUGUGUUCAAAUCUUGGCGACAUAAUAUUCGGAUUUGCAAAAACUUUAAGCAAGUAUAAGUUGGUUUUCCUUAUCGGGGAAGUGUUAGUAAAUACUAAAUAUAUAAAACUCAUUACUAAAUCUUUCCCAACAACUCGAGUUAUUGAUACUAAACGGUCAUGACAAAGAACACCAUUCAAAAGCAAAUGUCUAACUAAAUCAUGAAUAAUUGUUUGAUACUGCAUAUAGAGUGAUAUUCUUGAUAGUUUAAACUUAUAAUUAAUUUACAAAAUUUUCUAAAUACAAAAUUAUAUCAUGAAUGAUUGAAAAAGCUAACAAAAUAUUUUAUCGCAUGUUUUUUUUCUCUAAAUGGACACACCCUUGACAAAAUCCUCGCUACGCCUCUCCCAUUCACUCUAUCUCGUAGUAUGGCUGAGAAAAUACACCAUACCGUUAGAAAAACUGUGGUCCAAACCAUACCGUACAGUUUGGUCCAGACCGUAGACCGUUAAGUAUGGUCUGGUCUGGUCCAUGGUCUGUAUUAUUUUAUGUUUUGAUCUCUUGGUCUUGUCUGGUGUAGACUGCGGUUUACCAGACCAAACCGUGGACCCAACCGACUUGUCAAUACGUGUUAACAGCCCAUUUGACCACUCUCCCCAACUCCCACAACGACAUCCAAGUCGCAACCUUAAUUUUGUGAAUCUCGUCUCUCCUUCAUUCACAACCACAUUUAACCAGAGAGUAGAGACAAUCGUGUCUCCAUAUGACAUUAUGUUAAUAUUUUAUGACUUUAUGAUGCAAGUUGGGAUGCUUUUACUUUAAAUCUGUGUUAUGCACUAAGAAUUAGGGUAUCAAAAUUAUUCAUGCAUGUUAGGAUUAAUGUUUUAAGGCAAAUAACAAUUAUUUCUUGGUUAUUCAUGAAUGAUUACUAUAUUCUACAAAAUGUCUCCUAACUUGAGAGUACAUUUGGUGAAAAAUGGAUAAACAGAUUUUCUUAUUAUUGGAUUUUAUAACAAUUUCGGACCUACUUUACACAAAAUCGCGGCUACGCUGCUGGUUGAUAAGGAUAAAUAACUUGCAGAGUUAUAUACUCACAUGAUCACAUCAAUAAAAAAAAACCUAACAAUGCCAACCUCGUUAGUCACUAAUCAUCAAUUUUCUGGAGUUGAGGUGGGAAGUGUAUAAAUUAAAACGACACCUAGGUUCUGGACUAUAUUUAUUAUGUAUUGAAAGAGAAUACCUUAGCAUGUAGGAAGGUUCAGGCGCUAAGGUUGAAUAUUAUUAUUAUUAUUAAUAAGAGAAUAUUGUAUAAUCAAUCGCUUUGGUCGCCGGGACCGGCCGGCGACUUGGGAGUUGAGACGCGGCGAUUUGUGAAUUGUAUUUGUGCCCCUCCACGAGCCAUUGAAUUGACCCAAGAUGUUGGUUCAAUAUUUGAACCGAUAGUUUGCAGGUGGCAAUUUCAAUCCAAUCCACCAAUCCAAUCUAUCAAUCCAUUAAAAAUAUCCACCUAAUCCAAUCCAUUUUAUCCAAAUUCAAUUGGAUUGGUGGAUUCAUGGAUUGGAUCCAUGGAUCAUUGGCAAAUUACGGUUUAGUACCUAUAAUUUUUAUUUUUUACAUUUUGUUACCUAAAAUUUAAUUUUUUAUACGAAAAAUAUCAUUGGAAAAUUACGUUUUGGUACCUAAAAAUUUUCAUUAUGACAUUUUAGUACCUAAACUUUUUACAUUUUAUAUAUUGGUCCUUGGUUGAGGAUGUCAUUUGGAUUAAUGCAUAAUCCACCAAUCCACUUGAUCCAAUCUAUGAAUCCACCAAUCCAUUUGAUCCAUGGAUCCACCAAUCCAAUCCAUUUGCCACCUGUAUUUUCUUCCAAUAUAGCGUUGUUAAUUGUAAUGAUUGUAGAUUAAGAGUGACAAAGCAGAUAUAGCAAAUGGUUAAUGCUAUUGAUUACUUAGCUAUUAGAGGUUAUCAGUUGGCCGUUCGACAUUGGAGUGGACCGAAUUAAUGGAGGUAUACGUUUGAUUUUAGCAUUGAUCAAUCCAAUUAUAUUUCUGGUUAAAAUGUCAUUCAAUAUUGUUGUUAACUCAUCGUCCUAGCAACGAUCUUUGCCGCUUUGGUAAAGAAAUUGAGACACGCGAUUGAGACAAUGUUUUCACUUUUCAGAAGAAUCGAACAAAUUCUUUCGAAAAAUUUAAAAUGAAUAUCGUUUAUCUCAAGGUAUUUUCCGUAUAAAAACGAACUUGGGGUCAAAUACAUGAGAUAUGGAUGCGAAUUUUCCGUCAAAAAGUUAUAUUAAAAAAUCUAAACCACCUGAAUUGCCUCUUUUGAACUAGGAGAAAACAAUCCAUUAACAACAUUGAUAAUUGGGUGAGGGUUUGAGGCGGACGGGUACUUUAAUAUCUAUACAUGUACUGUGAUAAGUGCAAGUCAUGUUAGAUAAUACUCAUGCCGAUAUGGAGUGAGAUAUGUCAACUCAUUCUGAUAUGUUAUUUGAAGAAUAUUUUUGUAAAAAAUUGGGCUAUUUUACGAGGAAACAAAAUAAAACCACUUCAUAAAUAAGAAAAGAAAUAAUAUAUUGAAUGAUUGUUUGAAAAAUGGAGUCUUGUGCUGAUUCAAAGUUUCAUUAAGGCAAAACGUACUAUUUAAGAAAAGUAAAAAAAAGGAUAAAUACACUUAGAAAUAUAUCAAGAUAGAACAGAUAGGGAUAACUGGGGAGCGGUUACGGUGCUAAUUGUACAAUAGUUAGCAGCGUCCUAAUCAAGGGAAAAACUACUACUAGUUUGAAUUAGUAGUGAUUUAGCUUAGUGUUGUAUUGAUUUUAUAAUAAUCCGUAGUGAUUUCGUUAUUUUUAGUAGCGUUUUUUGCUAGUUAUCACGGUGCUAACCCCUAUAAGGAUUAGCACCCAAUCCCAUCCCGGACAACUGAGGUAGGGAAAAAGUUGUACUCGUGUCUCACCCCACACUACAACGAGUCAAGUUUUCCCUGCCCCAAACAUAUCAAGAAAUUAGGUCAAAUCGGGUGGAUCAAAUAAGAAAUUACCAUCACUACCGAUUCGUAUGUGUAUAUUGCUACUGACCAUACCCAAUUAUUUGUCAAUUAGUUUACCUUAUACCAUAUAUAUAUAUAUGCAUGAUAACUUGAUAUAAGAGAUUUCAGAGGAUUAGAGCAAAGACUUGGUAAAUGCUAAUCACAAUUACAUUUUCAAUUUAAUUGUUUAUGGAUCAACAAGCACAAUCAAUUCACCCAUUAUGGUCUAUGGAUAGGUUGGAAUGAUGGUAGUAAUGCUCCCAUAGUCAAGACAUUUGAAAAUUAUAAGGAGUCGAUGGAGAUGCAUGCCGCCAUAUUUCUCUGCUUCUAUUAUUUCUUGGUCUUUUCCUCUUACCAGCACGACCCAAAAUUGGGAUAAACAAGUAGAAAACUCAAAUUGCUUAAACCCUAAACUAAGUUGAAUUCUUCAAAUUUCUUUGCGUAUUUGUUGGAGGUCUAUGUCAAGAACCAGUUGAUCCCAAUAACUCGAGUUGUUGGGAGAGGUUCAAUCGUGGAUCAUAUACCACAACAUUAACACACCCCCUCAAAUGAAAGCCACUCACAAGGGCUUGAAAUUUGCACAAGUCUGAAGACAAGAAUACCAUGUGCUUAAUAAAUGGGGGUCAUCGGGAAUCGAACACAAGACCUCUCUGUCACAGAAGGCUCUGAUACCAUGUCAAGAACCAGUUGAUCCCAAUAACUCGAGUUGUUGGGAGAGGUUCAAUCGUGGAUCAUAUACCACAACAUUAACAGUCUAUACUCGGUUGGUUUUUUUUAAUAACUCAGUAACAUCUCCACACAUACCGUUUCCUUCACUUAUAAGAUCCUCAUUAGAGCUGCCGGAAACACCACGAAAGGGCUUUGAGGGGGCGAACUUAGGACCUCACACGUUGAGAACGAGCAUCCGACGAGGGUUCACCAAUCGGACGGUAACAUUUGGCUACUCGGUUGGUUUACUAUAGCUAGAUUUCUUUUCUUUACAAUAUUUUGUUUCCAAAUGGCCAUUAUUCUAAAGUCUUUCUGCAUAAUUCAAUUCAACAAUCACAGUCGCCCUUAUACCUUUCCGUUACUAUCUUUUCUUGUAUCUGCCGAAAACGAAAGGGGAAAAGUAAACGAUUGAGAUGCCUUGAGGGCCAAGAAGAAAAAAGGAUGGGGGAAAACAGUCGCAGUAUGAUCUUUAUUCCGUGCACUAUUUAGUAUUAGAUGAGUAAUUAAGUGGACUUUUCCAGCCAAAAGUAAACCUGAAAAGAGUGAAAAAGGAAGCUCAAAAUGUUGGGAUUCUUGGGGUGAAUGAGAAUGGAGGAGGGGAGGUCAAGGCUCACUUGUAUCCACAUUGGUCAAAUGAGAAAGUGUAAGUGGGCAUACGCAAUGUAGUCAAAAUCGUGUUUUAAAACUUAAAACUUACGAUUUUACGUUUUUAGGUCACUAAAACUCUUUUACACAAAAUCUCAGUUUUUAUAACCUAUGUAGUUAAAAACUCCGCUUUAAAAGUUAAAAACUUACAAUUUUACGCUUCUAGUUCAGCAAAACGUUUCUACGUAGAAACUCGUUUUUUACUACAUUGGGCAUACGUAUAUGGUUCUAUUGUUGGAUUUCAUAUAAAUUUUUUAUUUUUGGAGCCUCACCAGAUUGGUUUAAUUUCAUACUGGUCACAUCCGCAUCGUUGUAAUACAUGGGUUUGCAACCAUCAACACAAACCUAACUGCCAUACGAGCCGAACCAUCUUUUUAGACGCACCCAUUCAUUGUCUGUAUAAAUUCACACUCCUUUAUUAUUUUGUGUCACUUAUUUGUCUGCACAAAAUAACUCUACUAGAUAUUUCUCUGUAUUUUCCUCUCGUCCAAAAUACGACAUGGUGUAUUGUGUUCGCCGUACAUUCGAAGUACCUCUACAUUAGUAAGGGCAAUCUGUUCCAUCCAUAGAUAAGUUAUUAUGUUAAAUUUUAGUACUUAGAGGGAAUAAAAUUCAUUAAGGACAAAGAGUGAAAUAUUUUUGUUAAGAUAUGUUUAUUAUAAUUGGGGGUUUUAUAUCAUUUUGUCUGAGUUGUUUUGUUUAUGUAGGGUUGGGCAUGUGGGCGGAUCGCCCGCCGAUUUGGAUCGAUCCGCCCGCAUUUUACUCGAUUUUUGUUAUGUGGGUGGGUCUGUGGGUGCUGGGAGGUAUUCGUCGGGUGAUGGGUGGGUUGUGGGCGGGUGCGCAGAUAACCCGCUCAACCCAAUAGCAAACAGAACAAAGUUGUUGGUGCUGAAGAGUGGGGAGUGGAGUGGAGUGUAGACUCAUCGGAAACUAGGGCUAAUCCUAGAGAUUGAAUCUCAAAGCCAAUCUUCCAAAUCUCUACUUCCAUCUUCUCCCCUUUAUUUUUCCCUCUAAUUAUUGUGCACAAAUCACCUCUCCUUCCUCCGUUGAAUUAUUUUCUUAGUUUCCAGCACCUGAUUAUCAUCCCCAUUCGUAGAAAACUCCUCCAUAAUAGAAUUUCUAUCCAAUUUUAGAACUAAUUCGACAUUUUUUCUUCCUUUUUCAUUUUCUUGUUUCAACCCGAUAACUCUCCACCAAUUAUCUUGUCACUUGAAGUGAAUCUCAAAUUUGGAAGGUGAAUGGAUGUUGAAAUGGAUUUUUAUUUUACAUAUUGACAUUACACAGGGAAUUCUGAAAAAUAAAUGAAUCAUGUCAAGUUGACUUCUUUAUAUUAUGUACAUUGUAAUGUGGGUGAACCCGCAGACCCAGCGCAUCAUCCGCCAUCCACCCAAUCCAACUCGAAAUGUGGGUGGGUGGUGGGUUAAAAAAUUUCAAUCUGUUUAAGGACAAGUGGAUGCAUUUUAUGAUCAAAAUCCACCCAAUCCACCCAAUGCCCACCCCUAUGUUUAUGUGUAUGUUCAUGCUAUAUAUUCUAUAUAUUAUAUAACCAACAAAAUAUAUAAUGGGGAUCCAACCCUCUCUUUUCUUCAUUUAUUUUUUGCAAUGAGAGCAAAAAUAGAAAGGUUACAAAAAUCAUAAUCAAUUAAACUAAAAAAUUUAUUAUAUCUUUCUAACAAGAAGUGAAUAUCUGAAAAUAUAUGACUUUUCCAGCAUAGUUAGCUAGCUCACUAAUUCCCCUUAAGUAUUUUUUUAUAUGUUUGAUACUUUGAUUUUCAUUGUUUGACUAUGUUAUUUCAAGUUUAAUAAUUAAUUUAAUUUCUAUCUAUCUUGUAAAUAGAGGAUAAUUUUAAAACCAAAACACAAAUAUAAUUGAUUCGAAUAUUGCAUAUUAAUUUGCAGUAUCAACGAUAUUUUGUGCAAAUCAUAAGUGACAAGUUUUCUGAAAGUGUUUUUUUUUAGUUCGGUUAAUCGCUUAACCUCAAAUGUCUUGCUAAUCUGGUAUGAUUGUACUCAACAAUCAUGAGACGACAUUGAGUUUGAUGUACUUGUUCAUUUCACCAUUUUUUAAUUUGUUAGUAAAUUUGUAUAGCCAGAAUAAGUGAUUGAGUAAACAUGAUCUCAAAUAAACUAAAACAGUUUAA